AUGCGGAGUGUACAGAGGGCACGUGUCAGUGUACGGCCAAGUUCUACAGAAUGCCUUCCAAGAAUAUUAGUGCCUGAAAAGUGUGGUGGACUUGGAGAGUGUGUAGAACAGGCGGAGUGCACCUCGCGUACCGGAGGCGUGUGUCUGUGCACCCAGGGCUUUUAUGAACAAGAUGGCUACUGCAAGAGAAGACAAGACACUGGUUCUGAUUGUCUGGAGACCAAGCAGUGUGUAGAACAGGCUGUCUGCGCCCCGCCUACAGGGGUCGGCAAGUGUGUCUGCGAGUCAGCUUUCUUUGAGGACAACGGCAAGUGCUUUAAGAGGAAGCUCGUCGGAGAGAGACGUCCCAUCGAUGAUCGUUGCACAGCAGAAGGAGAAUGUGUGGUAAACGCUGAGUGCUCUACCCCAUAUGGCGGUAGAUGUCGAUGCAAAGUUGGUCACUACCAAGAUGGAGCCAAGUGCCUUCCACUCAUGCCACCAGGUUCUUCCUGCCUGACUUCUGAACACUGUACACUCAACGCCGUGUGCAAUUUACAGCUAGAUGGCAAUAAAGAAUGCACGUGCAUGAAAGGAUACUACGCUCAUGAAGAAGGCUGUCAGCUGCUCAAAAAUGCAGGUGAAAGUUGUACGGGACUUGGACAGUGUGCAGAAAAUUCCGAAUGUUCGUCUUCGCGAGGGGGUCGAUGUGAGUGCAAUCCCGGUUUCUACAAAGAAGGCAGCAGGUGCUGGAAGAUCAAAAACGAAGGCGAAGCUUGCAGUGGCGAGGGCCAAUGUGUGAAGGACGCAGUGUGUUCUUCAGACUACUCUGGAGUGUGUCAGUGUAAGGACGGCUUCUACAGUCAGGCCGGCAAAUGCCUGGCCAAAAAGCCAGUAGGAGAGCGGUGUAAGGACAAAAUAGAGUGCGCUGCUAAUGCCGAAUGUUCACUAAUCAAACGCAAAUGUGUAUGUGAGGCCAACUUCUACGAGCACCAGGGCAAAUGUCUGCCAGUCAUCCAAGCUGGUCAGCCAUGCGAGCGCUUUGGUCAGUGUGUGGCCAAUGCUGAAUGUUCCAGUGGCUACGGGGGACUAUGUCAGUGCCAAGAGGCCUUUUACAGAAAUCUUGGAGGCUGUGUUCCCAGAAUCCAUGUGGACGAGUAUUGCGCGAGCAAAGGUCAAUGUGUCCUCAACGCAGAGUGCUCCGGUGACUUACUUGGCACUUGUAAAUGUAACUCAGGUUACAGACCGAGCAAGGGCAUUUGCGUGCAAGCGGUCAAGGCGGGUCAGCCUUGUAAGGGUCUGGGUACAUGUGUGGAAAACGCCGAGUGCACUUCGUCAACGCAAGGUGUUUGCAGAUGCAAUGACAACUUCUUGGAGCAGGCGGGUGUGUGCGUGACUCUCAAGGAAGCCGACCAAGAAUGCACUGGAGAGGAAGAGUGUACUCCAAACAGCAUCUGCCUGGACACCUGCAGGUGUCGAGUUGGCUUCUACAAGGAUAAAGGAGAGUGCAAGGAAAAAAAGAAAGUAGGCGAGAUGUGCUCUUAUGAUGACAUGUGCCGACAGUAUUCUGUGUGUUCUUCCGCGGAGAGUGGCGUGUGUACUUGCAUGGACGGGUUUAUUCAGCAAGAAGGACUAUGUGGAGGCCCUUUGCCAGCAGGAGGUGUCUGUUCGCAAGCCGGACAAUGUGUCGUCAACACCGAAUGUUCUGGUGGUAUUUGCCAGUGUAGCUCAGAUUUUUAUAGAGAAGACGGCAAGUGUUUGCCCCUCAAGUUCCCGAACGAACCCUGCGCCAUUUCUAGUCAGUGUGUGAAGUAUGCUGAAUGCAAGAUGACUUCGGCUCAUGAGGUCUGCACGUGCAUGGGGGGCUACUUUAGUGCUGGUAAGACGUGCGAGAAGCUGCGGAGGGCAGGCGAGUCGUGCACAGCACUGGGCCAGUGCAUGGACCACGCCGAAUGUUCCAGCACCAAUGGCGGGCUGUGUGUUUGUCAGCAAGGGUUCUACGCCGCAUCGGACGGUUCUUGCAAAGCUGAGAUACCCGUCGGCAGGUCGUGCACCCCGAAAGACGUGUGCGCCAAGAACUCGGAGUGUACAGGAAUGGUGGGCGGCAGUGUCUGUGCAUGUCAACAGGAUUUUUAUAAGGUAAAAGGAGAAUGUGUAUUGCGCAAAGAACCAGGUGAAGAAUGUCAAGAAUCUGGUCAAUGCAUGCGCAACACUGAAUGCUCUGUCAUUUCCGGGAGAUGCCAGUGUUUGAAAGGCUUCUAUGAAAUUAAAAAGAAAUGUCAACCAGUAAUCGAUGCCUCUGAGCCAUGUACGGCGGAGGGCCAGUGUAUUGAAAACGCAGAGUGCUCCUCUUCAACUGGGGGACUGUGUGAGUGCAACGCCGGCUAUUACCAUGAGUCAACUCACUGUGUACCUGUUAAACCACCUUCUAAAGGAUGCACUGCAUCGCUUCAGUGUGUUGAGAGCGCUGAGUGCUCGCGUUUCGGCACCUGCCAGUGUUCUCUCGGCUACUACGCUCAAGGUGAUGCGUGCAAGAAGUCCAGGGAAGCUGGAGACACGUGCACCAGAGAAGGACAAUGUGACGUCAACGCUCAGUGUUCUACACCUUUCGGCGGUGUUUGUGAAUGCAAGAAAGGCUAUUUUUCCAGGCAAGGAGCUUGUUUUGCACAGAUCGAGGCUGGCGAGUCGUGUACCGAGGAUGAUGUUUGUAUCGAAAACGCCAGGUGCUCUGGGACAAUCAGCGGUGCGUGCACAUGCGACCGCGACUUCUAUCAAGAUGGGCGGACCUGCAAGAAGAAAGUGGGAGCGGACUCCGGAUGCACAGGCACGGGACAGUGUGUAGAUCACGCUGAGUGCACACCUCGCUCUGGCGGCACGUGCAAGUGUGCAGAAGGAUACUUUCCACAAAAUGGGGAGUGCCUGAAAAAAAUUCAGGCAGGAGAAUCGUGUAGUGGAUUUGGCCAGUGCGUUGACAAGGCAGAGUGCACCUCCAAAAAUGGAGGUCUCUGUCUGUGCGUAGCUGGGUACUACCAGAAUUCUGGAGAGUGCAACGAAAGAAAAGACCACGGAGAAUCUUGCAAGGACUCCCGUGAGUGUGUUGAGAAUGCAGAGUGCUCAAGUCGCUAUCUUGGAGAAUGCCAGUGUGUCAAAGGUUUCUACCAAGUUCGGGGUGGAUGUAGGCAACGUAAGCUUGUAGGAGAAGCCUGCGAGGACGGCCAGUGUGUAGAAUAUGCUCUUUGUGCCUCCACUACCACUGGAGUCUGCUUCUGCAAGCCGGGGUAUCAUCUGUCCAAGGGACGCUGUGCAGGCGCAAAUCCUCCAGGGGCGUCCUGCACCCAGCUGGGUGAGUGCGUCGUGGAUGCGGAGUGUUCGUCACCUGUCGGCGGGCUUUGCGAAUGCAUGACAGGGUUUUAUUCCAACGGCAAAUCUUGCUCUCCCGUCAUUUCUCCUGGCAAAGAGUGCACGGACAACGACCGUUGUGUGGACAACGCCAUUUGCCAAGGCGCCCAUGACGCCCCACACAUCAAGAGAUGUCAGUGUGGACCGGGAUACUACAACGACGAGAAAGAGUGCAGUCCUCUAAAGAAAGCUGGUGAUACUUGCUUUAAGCGUGGUCAGUGCAGUGAGAACACGGAGUGCUCCUCUCCUUACGGAGGUCGGUGUGAGUGUCAGCUUGGUCUGUACCGUGAUGGCGACCAGUGCAAGCCCGUCAUCGCCGCAGGACAACCUUGUGCGAUGACUGGACAGUGCGUGGAUCAUGCAGAAUGUUCUUCCACUACAGGAGGGGUUUGUGAGUGCGAAGAUGGCUUCUACGAAGAAAAGGGUGAAUGUCAGAAAAAGAAGUUGGCAGGUGCUCCUUGCACAGUUGUGGGACAAUGCGUGGUCAACGCCAUCUGUGCUGUGGCCAGAGGAACAUGCGAUUGCCAGAUGGGUUAUUUCCCUUACCAAGGUGAGUGCCUACCGGAAGUGGCAGCUGGAAGACCGUGCAAGACGUUAGGUCAUUGCGUUCAGCAUGCAGAGUGCACAAGCAGUGGUGGAGGGCUGUGUCAAUGUGUGGAUGGAUAUUACGUUAAAGAUGGCGCUUGCGCACAAAGAAUACCAGUCCAACGUUUCUGUGCUGAGGAGGGUCAGUGCGUGACGAACGCUGAGUGUUCCGAGAGAACUGGAACUUGUGAAUGCAAAGAAGGCUUUUAUCACAGCAGCGGUGCAUGUAUAAAGCGGGUCUACGCAGGGAAGCAGUGCACAGGCUACGGACAAUGCGUUGACAAUGCCGAGUGCUCCUCCGAUGAAUAUGGGUUGUGCGUGUGUAAGGGUGGAUUCUUUAACAAGAAUGGACAGUGUGCUAACCUCGCGGAGCCAGGUACUCCUUGUACGGGAAAAGAACAGUGUGUUCCUAACAGUAUCUGCUACAAGACAUGUGUGUGCCAGGAGGACUUCUACAAGGAGAAUGCCACUUGUCAGCGGAGGAAGCCUGUGGGAGAGAGCUGUACGUUUGACGACCAGUGCGUGCAAGUACGCCGAGUGCUCCUCUGAGAAGGUCGGAGUGUGCGUAUGUCAGCAAGGCUUUGUUGAAGAACAUGGUCUUUGCGGAGGAAGUAUACCAGCUGGAGCCCAGUGCACAACCUACGGAGAAUGUAUUGUUCACUCUGAGUGCUCUGCCUCUCAUGGUGGUGAAUGCCAGUGCAAAAAGGAAUACUUUCAGAAGGAUGGCAAGUGCCUGGUGAAGAAACCUCCUGG